ACCAACGAUGACGAACGGCUCGCGUAACCCAAUCGGAACGAAAUUUAUAUCUUGAAUCAACCAAUAGGAAACGGUUUUUGUUCAAAGGAGCGAGUUUUGUAUCUGUUCGAGUUUGAAACUGGCCAUUCGAUUCUUUAAAGUUCGAUUGUUAUUUACAAAUAUACAGUUUUUUAGUUUAAUGUAUGAAAGAAGACGAUCUCAGAUUGUUUUUUAAUAAUACAGAAUGAAUAACAUAUUGAGAAACGAUAAACAAUUACAACAUCAGUCUGUUAAUAAGGAAAAUUAUCCCAUUCCGUAUAAACAUUUUACUUCCAAUGUUAAAUCCGAAAAUUUAAUUCCUUCAAAGGGGAUUGCCGUCCAAAGAAAAGAGAAUGGAAAUUUAAAUAAAUUUUCACAUCCUAUCGAUUAUCAAGAUGACUAUAAAGAUGAAAAAUUCAUAAAAUCUUUCAAGUCGAAUGCUUUGAAACCAAAUGAGAAUUUAUUGAGAAAAAUGGCUACUCAAAGUUUUAUUCGUCACUCUGAAAAUGAAGUCAGUAAUAAACUACAAAAUGGUCUUAAUGACAUGAGUGAAAUUCAGCACAGAUUGCAUGAAUUGAAGCAAAAUGAGAAUACAAAAAAAUUGUCAUCUGAUGCUUCAAAGUUAUCUAAUUUUAAAUCUUCAGUUAAGCAUAAAACUGAAAACCAUUAUUUUGUUGCUAAUUCAUUGAUUACUCCAAAAGAGAAAUCUUUAAUUGUGAGCACAAUGAGCGAUGCAAAACUUAAAAAAAGGAACACCUAUGAAAUGGCUACUUCUCUACCUUUAACACCAAAUUACAUCCAAGCACAGAAGAGCUGUAAACCUCAUGAACAUAUGAUCACAAGUUCAACUACAAAGCAGCCAAAUCUAACUAAUAAUGAACUACAGAAACAAAAUUCUGCAAAACAAUUAAGAACAUACAAUAGUCUUCCUCGUUUAGAAGAUAAUAAUAAAACAUCUGAAAAUAAUAAAACAUCUGAAAAUAAUAAAACUUCUGAAAAUAAUAAAACUUCUGAAAAUGUACUGUCGCUUAUAGAAAGACUGAAACAAGGUGCUUCAUUUCUGAAUGACUUCCCCAUGCUUAUUGAGCCAGGUUCUGGAAAUUUAGAUGACGACGAUGAUGAUGAUAGCGAAGAGGGAAAUAGUUAUUAUUAUAAGAAUUCUGUGGAAGAAACUGAAGUUGAGGAAGAAAUUGAAGAAGUGGACAAAAAUUUACAAAUAUUUGAAGUGAAAAAUGAUGUAGAUAAAGUUGUAAAGGAUAAAAUGGAUGAUCAAAUAAAACCGUCAACAGUAAUUAAUACUAAAAAUCAGUAUAAGUUUAAGAAUUUAAAUGAUUUUUUAAGUUUGGCAUCAGAAAAUAAAAGAUUUUUGGCAAUAACAAAUACUCCUCCUUCAAUUAUUUGUUUAAAUCAAUGA